CAAUUAUCUGCUUUGUUACAAACGUAUUGGCAUAUUUAGUUGGAAAAAACAUAUUGUGCCAUGAUUUGCACAAAUCCGGAUUGGCAAGCGGUGUAUACCAAGGAAAGAUCAACGGAACAAAUCAAACACUUUAUUGUGAUAUGGAGAAACAUGGCGGCGGCUGGACGGUUAUUCAGAGACGAAUAAAAAGUAACAACAUCGAUUUUUUUCGCUCUUGGGAAGAGUAUAGAGUUGGGUUUGGAAAUAGGAGCCUUAGCUUUUGGAUUGGUUUAGACAACAUGCACAGCAUUACCAACACCACCGACUACGAACUCAAUAUAGAGUACAUGGAAUGUUACGAAAAUACAACGAAAGAAGUAAUGUAUUCAUCUUUCAAAGUCGGCCCCCUUCUACACAAUACACUUUGGCGAUAUCUGACAGAUUUUUACAGGAUAAAGAUGAUGCAAUGAAAACUGCAAACGGAAGGCCCUUUUCUUCAGCUGAAAUCGACAACGAUUCCCGGCAGACUGUAAAAUGCAAUAAGAAGAGACACUCUGGGUGGUGGUUCGACGCAUGUACAGAUUUGGCC